CUAAGGAGAGCAAAGAGGCAGCACGGCAGCCACAAUCAUCUCUCUCUCUAAAGUUUUUCUUUUGAGAUCUCUCUCUCUCUCUCGUUGAGAAGCAUGUAUCUGAAUCCAAGAAUCAUUGGAUCUGGGGAGAGGACGCUGGUUCUCUCCCAUGGCUAUGGAGGGAGCCAGGCCAUCUGGGACAAGGUGCUGCCGCACCUGUCACGCAGGAACAAGGUGCUCCUCUUCGACUGGGACUUCUCCGGCGCUGACGACGAGGCGGCGGAGGAGGAGGGAGAGCACUGCUGCUACACGUUCUCCCGGUUCGCCGACAAGCUGGUGGCGCUCAUGGACGAGAUGAAGCUGAGCGGCGCCGUGUACGUGGGACAUUCCAUGGCCGGCAUGGUGGGCUGCAUUGCGUCCGUCAAGCGCCCCGACCUCUUCAGCCAUCUCGUCCUCGUCGGCGCCUCCCCCAGGUACAUAAACUCAGAGGAUUACGAGGGCGGGUUCGACGAGUCCGACAUCGAGGCGAUGCUAGCCCGCAUCUCAUCGGACUUCCGCGGCUGGGCGGAGGGCUUCGUCCCUCUGAUUGUCGGCAGCCCGGACCCGUCGGCCGUGGAGCGCCUGGCGCGGAGCUUCUUCGCCAUGGACCCACGCGUGGCGCACGCGCUGGCGUGCAUGAUCUUCCUGGGCGACCAGCGCGAGGUGCUGGACGCCGUGGCCGUGCCGUGCACGCUGGUGCACGUCUCCCGCGACUUCGCCGCGCCGCCCUGCGUCGGGCGCUACAUGCAGGCCCGCAUGGCGGCGCGCUGCGCCGCCGCCAUGGAGACCAUCGACUCGGUCGGGCACUUCCCGCAGCUCGUCGCGCCAGACGAGCUGCUCGGGAUACUCGACCUUGUGCUCGGCGCUGCCGAGGAGGAGGAGGAGGAGGAGGGGGUGGGCGCCCUGGCGUCGCGGGCGGCGGACGCCGUGGUGGAGGAGAUAAGUGGCGAGGUGGGUCUCGCGGAGGCGGGCGUGGCGACGUAGUCCCAUGUCCAUGCAUACCGGCGUGUAUAUUUGGCGCCACAGUGCGUACGUGUACGUAUCUUGGUUUGCGUGUUGGUCACUUGAUUUGCUUUGAUGGACUGUUUCGUGCAACCCGGUAUGGUAAUCGUAGAACGAUUAAUGCGCUUUCAUUUGGAACGUUUAGCUGUUGUGACAUUUAAUCCGUUGCAUUGGCUUGAUGUUCGAUCAUGGAGUGAGGGAAAUGGAAUACUAAUAGUGAAAGCAGUGUAGUGUUGUCUA